CCGCCGCGGAGCCUUCAGAAAUUUCAGAAGAGAGAUCUUCCAACUUUCGCCGUAUCCAUUUUUUAAAAAUUUCAUUGAUUUCUGCAUAUUUCUGCAUGGCAUGUUUUGUCCUGCUCUUGGAGCCAAAGUUUUGACCAACUGCCAUUCAGACCAUUCACCUCUGGCCAGCGCAAGCUUCGAGUCUGCAAGACGCGCAACACGGAAAGUCCUUGGACCUUGGCGUGAGCUCAAAUCUGCAGCUCUCGCUUUGGGACUGUACAGAUGCUGCAGAUUUGUUUCCAAGCGUUCAAGGGCGAGGAAUGCAUGUUGCAGGGCUGGUUCACCAACACUUGGCAGUCUCCGAAUUGAUGGAUGUCACUUUGUUGAUGAAGACAAUCGCAUUGUGCUUCCCAGGGGCAUCAACUUUUCGGGUCUCUCCAAAGUCCCAACUUCUCCGGAUGGUGCGACACAUCUGGGAGGCCCACAAUUCUAUGAACAUCAAGAUGUAUCCUUUGUUGGUCGACCGUGUUCCCUCGCAGAGCUUGACACACACUUGCAACGACUUAAAGAUUGGGGCUUCAACUUGCUACGACUUGUUAUCACUUGGGAAGCAGUGGAACAUCAAGGUCCUGGUAUGUAUGAUGAAGACUAUUUGAAGUUCUUGCGGAAGGUUUGUCAACGGGCUGGUGAUCUGGGAUUUUGGAUCAUCAUCGAUCCUCACCAAGACUGUUGGUCUCGCUGGACUGGUGGAGACGGGGCACCUGGUUGGACCCUUGAGGCAGCAGGUUUCAAGGUGGCUCCAGAGCUUCAUACUUCGGGGGCUGCCUUUCUGCACCAAGAAAACGGAGAUCCUUUGCCUUCCAUGUCUUGGCCCAGCAACUAUGACCGCCUGGGGAGCGCCACAAUGUUCAGCCUGUUUUGGGCCGGCGAUCAAGUGGCUCCGGGCAUCAAAGAUGAGUUGCAAGGCCUGUCCCUUCAAGAAUGUCUACAGGGUAGCUUUCUUCGCGCAAUGGCGGCUGUAGCCAGGACACUACGAGACGUCCCAGCAGUGGUGGGCUUUGAGACGCUGAAUGAGCCACAUCCUGGAUGGCUUGGCACUGAAGAUUUGAGUCGUCCAAAUAUUGGGCCAAUCACAACAGGAGAGAGUCCUUUCGAGCAAAUCAAGCGAUGUUAUGGUAAAGGGCCCUGGGCAUCAGAAUGCAUGUGGGCCAAAGCUGGGAUUUGGUUCCCAAACGAGAACAAACUACAAGACCCUGGGCGCUUCCAUUGCAACUGGAUGCAACAAUGCUUUGCCCCGUUUGUCAACAAAUUCACCACGGCCAUUCUCAGCGAGAUGCCGCAUGCAUUGAUCGGAGUGUGCCCUCCGGCAUUUGGAAAAGAAAGCCUGGAAGCCUAUCCUGAGACUCUACACCCGCAGUGCUUUUGGGCACCGCAUUUUUAUGAUGGGAUCGUGUUGCUGGGGAAAGUAUGGACUCCUGACUUUGGUAUAGCGGAGACAAAACCGGGCGAGAAGCUCUUCAAUCUCUUGCCAGCGCCGCCUGUCUGUCCUGUGAUCGGCCUGGCACAACGAGUGGAAUCCUACAAGGAGCAGUUACGACAGAAGUGCGACUUUUCUUCUCAGAAGGUUCCCAGCAUUUUGGGCGAAAUUGGCCUGCCAUUUGAGAUUCAGUAUGUCGGUCUGCCUGGCUCGCAGCCGAAGGACAGCGAAGAAACCUUGAAUGAGGCGGCUGAUGCACACAUGCAGGCCCUCGAGCAAAUCAUGUUACCACAUUGUUGGUGGAAUUACACACCUGAAAACUCUGCUAAGAGAGGGGAUUUCUGGAACGGUGAAAACCUGUCGAUCGUUUCAAACAAUGAAGGCCGUGCACCAGCUUCCUUGAUUCGACCUUACAUCUCUAGGUGUUCCGGGAUGCCUAUUUCUCAGAGUUUCUCAUUUCAAGAAGGCAGAUUCCGGUGCGAGUUUGAUGUGCAGGAGCAGGGAGAGUCUGUUCUGUUUGUUCCUUUGAUCCAAUUCCCAUCUGGUCCAAAGGUGUCGGUGACACCAGGAGUUGAGGUUUUUGCCGAUUUCCAGUCUCAGACAUUACUCAUCCGCAAUGGCCAAUAUACGGGUCGAGUGGUUGUGGAGCUUCGCAAAGAGACCGGAGCCAAAAAGAGAAAGAACGACCAGAAGUAGAAUAAGACGAUUGUUGAAAGAACAAGACGUGCAACUUGAUUAGUGGAUUCCAUUGACAGAACUGAAGUUGCCUUGCUUACCACUGCUUGCCCCACUUAGCCGUGUCAAGAAUAUAUCGAUGGUAGAAUCAGAC